CGGAGCUCUGUCCACACUCCGCCGUCCAAUUUGCAUUGCGCUUCACAGGACCUAUCUUUGCUAGCUGCUGCCGUUGAUCAAGCCGGAAUCAUUGGACAACACAGCAUGUCCCUGCGCUGAAUCUCCUUGACAAUUGUACUUUUUCCCGCUCCUCAUUCCUGCACGUCAUGACACAGCAAGACGACGAGCAGCCAUUGGUUUCCUCCCUGUGGACGAGGUCUCUCUUGUCCGGCGCUGUUGCAGGCCUCACAGUUGACUGCUCCCUCUAUCCCCUCGACACUAUCAAAACCCGCACGCGACCCAUCCGCACCCAAACCCCCCGACUAUCCUUACGCCAAACAAUCCGCGGCAUUUACGCAGGUCUCCCCUCCGUCCUCUUUGGCUCCGCACCCUCCGCUGCAUCCUUCUUCAUCGUCUACGACGGUGUCAAGCGCUCCCUGCUCCCGCCAUCCUCAUCCCCCUCCGAACCCCCAUCCCGCGCGCAUGUCUUCUUCACACACUCCCUCGCCUCCUCCCUCGGCGAGAUCUCCGCCUGCGCCGUACGUGUCCCAACAGAGGUAAUCAAGCAGCGAGCUCAGGCCGGUCUCUUCGGAGGCUCGAGUCUGCUCGCGCUGAAGGAUAUCCUCUCCCUCCGUCAUGCCGUGCCGGAAUCACAGACUACGACUGGUGGUGCACCAGUCAAGCGCGGCUAUGGCCAGGUCAUCCGCGAACUCUACCGCGGCGCCGGUAUCACCAUCGCCCGCGAAAUCCCCUUCACCGUCCUCCAAUUCACCAUGUGGGAGUCUAUGAAAGCUACCUACGCGCAACGAUACCUGAGGCGCGAGGAGGGCACAAGUAUCAAAGAGUCGCAGAUUCCGGCUUCUACGAGUGCCAUGUUUGGUAGUGUGGCCGGUGCUAUUGCGGCUGGUCUGACGACUCCGUUGGAUGUGAUCAAGACAAGGGUGAUGCUGGCGCGCCGUGGAGAUGGCGGUGUGGAUGCUCCGGUAAGAGUUAAGGAGAUUGUAAGGGGGAUUGCGCAGGAGGGUCUUGGGGCGUUUUGGAGGGGGAUUGGGCCGCGGGUUGCGUGGAUUGGAAUUGGUGGGGCGGUGUUUUUGGGGAGUUAUCAGUGGGCGUGGAAUACGCUCGAGGGGGUGAAGAAGGAGGAUGAUGAAUGA